UCCGGACGUUCCGCCCUACUUCAAAUAUCACUCCUUUGACAGUCCACGAAAGAGCCGAAUAUACUGAAUAUGCCAAGGAAACGCGCGGUCAACGUUUGCGAGUUCUGCCAUAAUCAUAAGAUUCGCUGUGAUGUCGACUCGACCGGGAUCCCGUGCUCAAGAUGCAUAGAAACGGACGAGGGAUGCAAGAUUCGAGCUAGGAAGCAGUACCGGUGAGCAUAUCUGAGCCCUCCUAUCGCCUAUAUGUCUCACUCCCAGUUCAGCGGUCGAAAGAGAGCGUGGCGUUCUACCAGCACGUGUUCCGACAAUCAUAGAGAUCACGUGAUUCCCGCCCUACCACCGUCAUUACGCCCAGAUUCUGUCGAAAUCGUUGCAGCUGCAAUACUGGAACCAAGUUCAAGGAUUGCGCCUAUCUUUAUUGGAGAGAGUGGAUAUAGCGACAUCCUCGACGCUACAGGCGGACUAAUCGAUCGCCACUUUCACGUGCCCGCAACAGCAGAACAGGCGCUUGCUGCCGAAGAUCUCGAAUAUCUCAAAGCUAAAGGUUGUUUCACACUCCCAGCUGAAAGCAAACAGCUUCUUGAAGCGUACUUCCUGUUUGUUCAUCCAACUUUUCCAGUCGUAGAUGGAUCGUUGUUCUUGCAAGGUUACGCUGUUAGCGGCCUCGAAGGGAUAAAUCUGCUACUUCUAUGGAGUAUGUUCUCCGUCAGUGCGAGCUACAUUCCAACCUUGCCACGGAAAGCAUGCAAAGAAGCAUAUGCGAACCGCGCCAAGUUGCUGUUCGAUCUUAGCCAGGAAAACGACAAGAUUGUGCUCGUGCAAUCAGCUCUCCUCCUUAGCUUCUGGUUCGCGGAUACUGAGGACGUGAAGCAGUCCUGGUACUGGACCGGCGUAGCGUUCAGCAUCGCGCAGACGCUCGGCCUUCAUCACGAGGUCAGGUCAGCUAAUGCACAAGUCACUGUUCAGCAGCGAUCUUUGUGGCGCAAUAUAUGGCAUUGCUGCAUGAUCCGCGAUGUAUGGCUGGCUUUUAGCAUGGGUAGACCACUUCGUAUCGAAGCAUCAGACUGCUACUAUUCUGUGUCCGAAGAGACGGACUGCCAGUUUACGAAGUUGACGUUGCAUGAUAAGAAGUUAUAUUCUCUGAAAGAGGCAGCGGGAUUCGUGAGUAUGUGGCAGAGCCUGAUUACUACCAGUAACGUCUUGCGCGACAUCAUGACCAACAAAACAUUAUCGCCUUGGCAAGCUGAAUUUUUCGAAGGCCGAAUCAACGUUCAGGAUACCAGCAGUUCGACAUUCCUACUUACCCAUGUCAACCGGCACUUGAAACUCCACCAAUAUGCUGCAAUCAUCGCACUGGCUCGAGCCAGUGGCUUGGAAGAAGUCUCGGGCAAAGCUGCCGACAGCACCACCGCCAUCAUGCAAGCUUUCCUCUACGACAAUACCACUGUGUACGCUGCGCCAGUUACAGUCCCACUCGUAAUCCCAGCUAUGGUCACAUAUCUGACCACUACCAAUUCCAAACGACCAGAGGCAAGAAAGUUGGGAAAUGACAAGCUCAACCUAUAUAUAAGAUUCUUUACUGCUAUGGAGGACAAUUACCCCGCCGCAUCGAUCUUGAAGCGAGUUUUAGCCGCGGCGCAAGAUGCAAUUACUGGUAAGAGGCGAGUGCGGAGAGACGAAGAAAAAGUGUAACCAAGUUUCAAGGACUAGGUUACUUCGUUUUGAGAUUUGCACUGGUUUGAAGAUGAGAGCUCUCCAUUCCUGCCUGGGAUUGGAAGUUCAAUCCAUAGCAAGAUACAGUAGCUGAGUUAGCCUUCAUGUACAAUCUAC